UUUCGUUCUCUUAGAUACAGCAGCGAGGAGUGGUGGCACGAUGAAGCCAACCUCAAAAAAUUCAAAGGCAGCCAAGGAAAGACAGGGACAUAUUUACUGCGCUUAACCGACUGGUCCUCCCAUGGAAUUUUGGACGUUCACUCAGUGAACGAAAACCAGCAAAGAAGGAUUCAUUCUUUUUGUGAAGGAUCUUUACCGAUGCGUGGGCGUGGAAAUCAAUCAACUCUGAGGAAUUUGAAAUCCAAAUCCGAGAUAUAUUUCGACUCAUUCGCAAAAGAUGAUAAAAAACACUCCUCAACAAAAUUUAAACUAGACACCGAAUCAUGGCGGCUAUUAGGCUACAACCUUCCCAGAGAAACAGGAAACGAAAAUGAUACCAAACUGCAGUACACCAGCACAACUCUCAAACAAAAAAGAAGGCAGUUGAGAGAAUCAUUGCUGAUGUCUGAGAAAAUGUUUAGUUUAUUUGACGCUGCCAAAGAAGCGUCAGAAAUUAAAGAGUAUGUGAAUCCUGAUUUAGAAAAAACGAAACGAAGCGGUUUGGGGACUUCAAAGGAGAAAAAACGAGGUGUCCUAGCAACUUCAGAAUCUAAAACUUUUGAUUUCGACUCUCAGUCGGUUGCAGUGAAGGGUAGAACAAAAUCGAAGCGUAAGUCAUGCACGAGUAGCAUGAGACGAAGACAAUCAUGGCGUAGAAAAACAGAUUAUAUUAAUUCUUCACUCGGGGGCUAUUUCUUGCAGCGGAAUGAUCCCCAUUCUCGCCUAUCUGUGCGAGGAACUCGAAUUUUUGGAAGAAAAAAGAAUUAUAGAGCAUAUCCCAGCCUAGGGGAAGAUGUGCGUGAACCCGAAAGAACGUUAUCUUUUAGAAGUUCGUCUUUACCAUCGAAUUUGUCGUUCACAGAAUGCAUGGAUUAUGAAUUCUGGCAUUCGCGUUUCGUUCAGAACAGAGUGAAGAGGUUGGAGGAAGACUUAGCGGCUAAAUGCGAAGAAUACACACCAUGGAAUUAUGAUUUCGAUGUGCAAAGCUUAUGUAGUUUGGAACUAGACAGAAUAAUACCAGACGGCGAUGACUACAGGAUAGCUUACUUAAGUAGCGUAUGUACAUCACAGGAAUCCAGCCUAGACUAUAUGGAGGAUAAUAUUAGCAACUUUGGAAUGGGUACAUUGGACAUCAAGCGCAAAAAAAAACGCCCCCUUGUGAAAAGUGAUGAUAAUUUGAGUACCUACGGCAUGACUACGCUUGACAUCAAGCUCAGUAAGAAACAAACCUUAGAUGGCAGUGAGGAUUGGGAUUUAUCUUUCAGUUCUUUUGAGGAUAAAAGUGCUUCAUCCGAUGAAGACGAGUUUGAGUUCUUUACUAAAUAUACAACGAAUUCGAAUAACGACUCUCAGACGAAAUGUUAUGCAACGACAUUUUCUCCGAACGAUCAUUCCACUGAAAAUCCCCAAACGAAUUAUAAAACAGACGUUAAUGAAUCAAGAGAGAAUGCAGGAUGGUUUUCGUAUUCUUUGGGAACAGUUUCCCCUAAUAACAGUUCUGUAGACUUUGAAAAAAAUUACGCUUCUAGCUGCGAUUUUCAGUAUCAAGGUUUUGAGACAGGGAAAGAAUAUUCUGCAGAUUUCGACUUCUUGAAUCCCUUCGUUCAGCAUGGGGUGCAAAGUUAUGGCAAAGAUGGAGAAAUCGAAUGUGCAAAAUCUAUAUUGUUUCCAAAACCGCCAAAUAAAUGUUUUACAAAAUGCAAAAAGUAUGAUAUUGUUAAGGCAACAACCGGGAAUUAUUUUGAAGAAAUUUUUAAUAUUGGUUCAUGUGAACCCACGACAUUUAACAGCAAUAUAGAUUAUCUAACUGCAAAUAGUCUGUACUUAUCCAAGGAUGUAGAAACUACAAGUGCACAAACACGGCCAAUAGAAUUCAAAAUUUCAUUCUACGAGCCGCUCAGUACGCCAUUUUCUGUAAUUUAUGCUAUUAAUUCUGGGAUAAAUCAGCGAGAUCUUCCAGUGUGCCAUUUUGCAAACAAAUCAUCCGUCUCAUUGUUGCAAAGUAGCCUCAAAGUUGAAACCAAAAUCUCAGAAAACAAUAUGGGAUAUUUAAUUGAGGAUGAGCUGAAACAAGCGGGCGAUUUCCUGCGAGAAAUGAUAAUUCGCUUUUUUAACCAAAAGACUAUUCCCAGAUAUGUUUUUGGAAGAAUUCCGAGAAGAAACGCAUGUGAAACAAACUGUUACAAAAUUACAGGUUUGUUUGUUUCGAAUCACUGUCACUUAAGAUUCAAGCACGAAGAAGACCUCAAUCUACGUUUCGAAACCGAUUAUAGUAAACGAAUAAUGUCAAUCCAACACUUCUUACCGAGAUUAUUUGACAUCAACAGAAUAGUUAUCUGGAAUAUUUUGAACUCAAAAUGCUGUUCACUUCCGUUCCAAAAUACCGAAACUAAGAAAUAUUGUAAAUUUUUGCAAAGAAUUCGAAACCAGACUUUUCAUUUUAUUACCGGUAUACCUCAGUCUCCCAUUCUAAAUUUAUAUGAUGGUCCAAUAGAAUGUAUUUAUAAUUUUCAAGAACUUUUACCUCAUGAUUGUCACGCUAGAAGUAACAGUACAAUGAUCGCUGCUUUAUAUUCAAAUUCAUAUUCAGGGUUUUCCGAUAUUCAUUUUGGAGUAUUUCUCAACCCAAAAAUUUCUUCUCUAAUAACCAUGUCAGCUUCUGAUAAUUUCAGCAUGAAUCUUCAUGGAAGAAUGAAUAUAAAUCUAUUAGGUUUUAGCAUUUCAAAUCUGAAAUGUAUUAUUUUAAAUAACUUGCAAAUUUUGAAUCAAAUUGACAAACCCAUUAGCAUUUCUGAAAAAGAGGAAUUUGAUCAUUUUCCAUGCAUUAUCGCUACUCCGAAAGAAUUUCAAAAUGGAGCUUCUGAAAUUUAUUUAGAAAGUUUACUAAGUGCCGAGCGUACUGCUGUAUUUUCAUCUAAAAUUCGAACUCAGUGCAACCAUUCCAGCUUGAACAUCAACUCUUUUAGAAUUUAUAAGGAAAACUUUGGCAAAAAGAAAAUAGAAGGUAGCAGUUUUAAAACCAGGAACAGGAAGAAAAAACUGGUUUCGCUAGAGAAACCAAACUUAACUGAUUUCAACAACGCAAAUAAAAUACUUGUGUUAGAGAAAAACAAAAUACGAAACCUGCCUCUUGUACAUACGAGAAAUAUUAAAAUUCCCUCGUAUACCUCGUAUAAAAUAACAAGAUCGAAUACGUUGAAUAUAUGUUCCAAGAAUUUUAAUCAUUUCGACAGUAUCGAUAGCAAUAAUCUCCAGCCAUCAGAUAUCCAUAGGAAAAGACAUAUAUACGAAUUUAAAAAUUUUCACUAUGAAAAUCAAGAGCCUGUAAAAUUUUUCCAUAAACUUCCUUCUUUCCAGCCUAAUUUAAAAAUAGAUUUUAUGCUAUCAAUGUAUAGUACUUAUUUGAACUUUAGCAUCCAUUCUAGCUGCUUAUCGAUAAAAAUAAUAAGUAACAAUUUUUCUCGAGAUGCCAAAAAACAAUCAAGACGACUAGACACUGAACUGGAAAACCAAAACCGCGAGAUAAGAAGUAACCUUCGUAGCGAAACCGAAAUUGUCGUUCGAGUACAAGAAGCGGGCGAAACUCCGGAAAGUAGAAUAGCCGCUGCACGUCAAAGUGGCGCUACGUCACAAACUGGUAGCGCCGCAUUCGUAGAAUGUCUCUUCCCACCCCAGUUCACGAGCAUUUGCGAAUCGAGAGAGGCACUCCUUUCUGCUGGCUCUUCUGAGCUAAGCCUAAGUGUGCCAGCUGUUCGGCGGGUGGCUAAGUACGAAAGUAGUCUUGUUCGCCUGCCAGACGAUCAGUGGGUUUCUGUCGAUGCGCCAUGCCAAACAACGACAGAUGGUGCGGAUCAGCUACUUCAAACGGCUGAGAAGAAGCAAGAUUAUUGCUGUGAACAUCAAAGAAUAUGUGCCUCUUUCGAUGAAACCAACGGAUCGUGGUGUCACACUCACGGUUACGGAUAUGCAUUAAUCUCGGAUUACCCAGCAAAACAAAAGCUUGCGCACCUGGAUUAUGAUAAUGAGGAUUACGUGUAUUUUGGACAUUUGCCAAUAGCGGUACAAGAGCAGCUGACUCCCGCCUUCUCCACGGCGAACAGUUGCGAUAAUUACGUUAAAUCGUGUGAUAGAAAAAGUUCUGGAUCGGAUUUACAAGGAAUCAUGGCGGCAUGUGAUGAUGAUCCGCGAUUAAUAAAUAAGGUUAUUAGGACUCCUGGCCGCAAUAUAUCCAAACUAAAACGGUUUUUCGACUCACGUGAAUGUGUUGCCACUGAUUCCAAUGACAUUUGCAAUCGUUCAGCUACAAACAGUAAAGCAAUUUCAUCACAUUGCCAGUCCAGAGUGGUAUCUGUCUUUGAUAAACAUAGUAUGGUUCCGAAUUCGGAUUCGCAGCUGUCAUCUGAGAAACCCGAAACAAAAGGGGUUUCUGUUCCCUGUAGUUCAUCUUCAUUGAAAACGAAUAGUUUUUCCGAAAAUGCGUGUUCAGAAACCUUAAAAGAAAAACAAAUUUCCGUUACAACAACGUGUGUUGAUGAAAUACAAACUCAAAGAGAAGAAGCUGAUUCCAAUGAAAACAGUUUACAGAACGAAAAUGAUGUAUUUUCGGAUAUUCCAUACUGUAGGAAAGUGACCAGUGGUGAUUUAUGGAAAAAUGUUGAUCUUGGUGUUGAAAGUGAAAACAGGGGAUUGUGGAAUUUUACUCAAAAUUAUGCAUAUUGUGACUCUAAUAUUAAUUCAGAGUUUUUAUGUAAUCUGGAUAAUUCAAGGCAAGUGUCAAAUUCAUUUGUUGCCUCAACUGCAGAACUACAUAACUUAAUAGCCGUUUCUCGCUCAGAACUAUCUAAAAAGAAAGAACCAUCUGUUCCUGAUAGGUCAACACUAGAAAGUUAUUUUACAUCAUUUGAAAAUAGUAAUUCAAUUUCAUCAGUGCCAUCAAAUGAUGAAUCUAAACUUUCUCUUAGUUCACAGAAUCAUAACAGUGAUAUCUUCCAUUCCUCAUUUGACUGUGAUGGAGAUGAAAUGACAUUUGAUGAUGAAGAGGCAGCUUUGAGUGAUACUUCUUCUGAAGAGGACCUGAGGUGUCACCCAGCUGCUACAAAUACUCACUACUUACCAGCAUAUGCUCUUCAUACAAUAAUUGAAGAAAGUUGUGAGGAGAGUGAGAGAGAUUCAAGGACAGCAACACCUACAAACGAUGCAUUGACAUCAAAACUAGAGCGAUAUUUCAGUUGGGAUAUAAUUAAUGAUACAGAUUCUGAUUUUCGCAAAAAGGAUGAUGAUGCUAGCACAUUAUACAGUGAUUCUUUAUCAGAAGGCUCAGGUUCUCUCAAUGACGAUGCUUCAAAGGAAAUAGAUCCUUCUCAGCUUGCCUCUUCUCGUCUAGAAAAAUAUUUCACAUCUGGUUUGGUAGGCAAUGAAAAUUAUUUUUAUCCUGAUGAUGCUGAGUUUUUGGAUGAUGCACCAGUAAGUGAUUUUGAGGAAGAUAGCAUACAUCAGAAAAUUAGUCGGUCAGCAUUGCUGAGUUCUUUAGAAACAAAACCAUUUUCUGAACAGCCAGUCAAUGAAGGUUUUGAGGUAAGUGAUUCUGUCAAAAGUGAUGUAUCUGUUGCCAAAGAUAAUGAAAUUAAAGAUGAAAUUUCUUCUGACUUGCAAAAACAGAAAGAAAUAACUGUUGUUGAAACAGAAUCCAACCACAGUGAUUUGAAACAGUUGUCUGUAGAGCCAAUAUCAGACAGUUCAGAAACUUGUAAUACUAAAUCAGAGUGUAGUGCUAAUAUAGAUGCUUUAGAAACAUUAAAAGAAACUACAGAAAGUGCACAACAAAACAGGUUUAAUGAUUUAACUAAGGAAAAACUGGAAAGUGGUAUCAGGGAUACUAUAAUAAAUAGUACUUCCAGUGAAAUUGAAAAUCCAAUCAAAAUCAUAUCAUCAGAUAAUGAGAAUAGCAAUCCCACUGAUGUCUCACAGGAAAAUGAUGAAAUUUUACCUCAUGUUUCUAAUAGUAUGGAAAAUAUGUCUGUACAAAAACCAGGUGUAAAUAAAGAACAGCUUGCCAUAGAUGCUCAGGCUAUAAUUAGAAAACUUUUGGCAUACUUUGCUGACAGUGCCUCAGAAUCAUUUAAAAACAGUAUGGAAUUAGAUUAUCUAUCAGCUUGGCAAAUAUUAGAAAGUGAAAUUGAAAGAUUAAUGCAAUCAAUUUCACCAACUGAAUCUUUAGAAAACAACAGUUGCAAUAGCAGUACAAUAGACAGCAAUAAUAGUGAUUAUGGCAGUGAUACUAUCGAAUCAAUGGACUGCAUGACGGAUGAUGAUGAUAACCUGGACAGCAGAAAUCGAUCAAAUAGUAAAUGUCCUCUUGUGGAUAUAUUAAAUUCUGCUUAUCGAUUCCAGCCUGAUUGUGAGUUAGGUAAUUUUAAUAUAUCUGAUGAAACUUUGAGCAUAUGGAAACGUUUAAUUCAGUCAUUACAAAAGGAUAGCCUGGACAAAAACAGCUGUGAUGCAAAUGCAGAAGCGCGUUUGUACAUUAGAGAUCAUAUUGUUACAUUGAUGCACACAGUGACAGUUACAGAAAAUAAUUUUCCUGGCAAAGAAAAAAAUGUGGAUCGCUUUAAUAUUAACCAGGAUCAAGUUUUCACAUCAUCGCUAAUGGAAGAAGCUGACACUUGUGACAUUAAUGAAGCUUUUAAUGUAAAUAUUACUAAUUCAAAGGUUUUAACUCAUCUUUCUGAAAACAUGCUAAGUGAAAUGGCACCUGUGGUAAAAACGGAAUCAUCUGAUGAAGGUGUGUCGUUUGACAGCAAUGAAAAUCUUCAUGCGCCGUCAGAAAUCUCUAAAUGUGCAUCAGAGAAACAGAUAUGUCCUGAAGUUACAUCAUCCAGUGAUAGUGAAUAUGAUGUUUGUGAAAACAUCAAAUCUCAUAGUCAUUUAUCUGCCAAAAUGCAAGAUUCAGAGAAAUCAGAUAAAAGCUCUAUGCCUAUAACAUUAGAAAUGUGCAAACCUUCACAUAUUGUGGAUGAUACUGAUGGCUUAGUUCUUUAUAGAGAGGAUAAUAGUCAAUUCGAUGAAAGAACUGACCAAAAAAGUGGUAAUGAUCGUAAGUUUUCUGUGUUUGUUGAUAUAGAACUUGGAGAUGAUACUGUUUCCGUCACUGAAAGAAAAUCACCAGUGGAUAAAUCCUCUGAAAAUGAGGCUAAGGAGCCUGAAACAAAAGGUAAACGAUCAUCGCUGCAUGUAUGGUUAUCAAAUGAAACUCCGAAAUCUGUUUCAGAUUCAGCCAUGGAAGAAACCAAUCUUCCAGAUGAUGUUACAGUUUCAAAUAGUAUUCCUGAGUCAUCUCAUGAAAGUUGUAGUACCUCCUCUGUUACUGUAACAGAAACAAAUGAAAGGACUAGUCAUGACAUGGAUUUUUAUCCUUAUAAAUCAUCAGACGAUAUUAUCCUGAAUACCUGCACUCGUUCGGAAGAAUUGGUAGAUGUACCAAAUUUUAAGUCCUUAAAAAGAUCUGUGAAAAAGACACCCAUUACAAAUACUCUGUCUAAAAGUACAAAUAAUAUUCUGCAAACGUUUACCUCCCCAGAAACAAAAUUUAGCACGCUUCAGAUUAAGCCUCAGAAAUCAAAAGUUUCUAUGAAUCCCAGUAAUUCUUCAUCAAGACAGUUUACGUCUCUGUUUUCCCCAUCAGCUGUUUUUAAAAGAAUCACGGGAACAAAGAGUAAUGAUCAGAACUCUGAAUCUACUAUUCCUGCAAAAUAUCUUAAAAAAUAUGCAAGGUCAUCUUCAGUCGAUAAUGAAAGCUUAUUUGGUGCUGUUUCUAUGCCACAGUUAAACUUUCCCAAGCCUGGUGAUUCAUACUCUGCCUUGGGAUUGUAUCCAGAAACUGAUCGAGACAGUUCUCUUACACUAGAUGAUGAAAGUGAAGCCAGAGCUUACACAUGCAGCCAAAGUGUACUUUCACUUGGUUCCCAUAGUGCCAGCAUGACAAGUGUUUACAGUGCUGCGGGUUGUCACUAUGGUUAUGUCACUGUCAGUGGAGAUGUUCUUUUCGGGCUGAAUUACAAUCAGAAAUCACAAAUGAUGGAAGUAUUUGUUAAGCAGUGUCGAAAUCUAGCAGCUGUUGACAUUCGACGUAAUAAGUCUGAUCCGUAUGUUAAAUGUUACCUACUUCCUGACAAGACCAGGAGUGGAAAAAGAAAAACAAAAACAAAAAAGAAUACUCUUAAUCCCGUUUUCAAUGAAUUACUUAGGUUUCCAGUGCUAAAGCAUGAGCUAGAAUCUCGAACUCUAUGGUUAUCCGUGUGGAAUAGUGAUCUUUUUGGCCGUAAUGAUUUCCUUGGAGAAAUAACUUUGCCGCUUGGAUAUCGCCUUUUAGACUCCCCUACCCUCAGGUGGUACCCUCUUCAAGAACGAAUGGAAUCUCUAACAAGUCCCUUGAACUACAAAGGCGAGUUAUUUCUUGCCUUGAAAUAUGUGCCAAGGGACUUAAGUCUGGAGUCUCGUUUCCGGCCCGCUCCCGUAAUCUCUCUGCGAGGAGCACUUCAUGUACUGGUGAAAGAAGCCAGAAAUAUCUCUAUUAAUAGGAGCAGUGGUGCUUUGGAUGCCUUUUGUAAAAGCUACCUCUUGCCAGACAAGAGCAAAAGUAGUAAACAGAAGACACCUGUUGUAAAAAAGAGCCGGCACCCCAAAUGGUACUACACAGUCAUCUAUGAAGAUUUGAGUAUUGAUGAACUUAAGGAGAGGAGUCUAGAGCUUACAGUUUGGGACCAUGACAAGCUUUCCAGCAAUGAAUUCAUGGGUGGUGUGAGACUGAACACUGGCACAGGUUUAUACCACGGUGUGUCAGUAGAGUGGAUGGAUGCUCGCCGAGAUGAAGCUGCAUUGUGGCAAGCAAUGCUUGAGAGCCCUAAUAUGUGGGUUGAUGGCUGCCUGCCAUUGAGGCCAACCAUGCAGUUUCGGCACAGCUGAAGCCAGAUGCUUCGGAGGAACUGAGAUUUACACCAUGUAGAUAUGUUGUGAUGUGCCAGGUGAUUAAACAGUACAAAAGUUAUUUUGUAUGGAAUCUGAACUUCUGAGUGACAGUUUGAUCAGCUGUGAUCAUCAUUGGAAAAGUCUUCAUUUUGUUGAAAUUCCAUUAUACGGCUUCAUUAAAAUGGUCUGCUUGUUAAUUUUACUUCUUCAUCUGUGCAAAGAUUAAGUAUUAUAAAAUUUGUAUAAUGUUGUAAGUUACUGCAAGAUUUAUAACAAGGAAAACAAGUAUUUCCUUACUAAGGCUAGAUAUUUAUUAAUUUCUGUUAAAAGUGCCUAUUUUAUUCAAAGAAAGCCAGCCAAAAAUAUUUAAUGUUCAUGCAACAAUAUAGCAAAAUACGCUUAAUUGCUUUGAAUUGUAAAAAUAUUUUAAAGUAAUAUUAAUAUUACAAGUAUAUUUUCGAGAAGGGAGCUCAGUUUUGUUUGUAAACAUUUUAAUGUCUCAUAAUCUCAAAAUUUAGAGCAAAAUCAAACAUUUCAAUUCUGAGGCAGUUUUCCUCUUUACUCAGUUCUCAAACAAAAUUCUUUAUGAUUUCAGAGUAAAUAAAAAAAAUUCAAUUAGGGAUGUUAAUUACUAAAUAUAAUUAGCAAAUAUGCACUUCAGAUGAUGAUUAAAAUCUUUGAUGAAAUAAUUUAUUCUUCAGUGAUAUUGCUGUUACUUAAUGUGUUAAUAUAUAUAUAUAUAUAUGCAUAUUAGAAAAUAUGUAUGAAAUCUUAAUUUUUGAUAUGACAAAGGACACACCUCCUUUGUGGAUGACUUUCUAAUGGAAACUGGCUCUUAUUCGUGCAUUCUACAUUGUUCAGCAAUCUUAAUGAUGCCACCACUGGUUAGCAUCUAUAGAAUGAAAUAUGUUCUUUAAUUUUUUUAAUCUAAUUUAUUUUAUUUAGUUUGGAGCAUAGUGAAGAUUUCUACAGAAAAUGAGCGAAAUAAAACAUAUAAUCGUUAUUACACGUUGUAAAAGGUAGCAAUAGCCAUGCAGCAAAUAUUAUAUGCAAUGAAAACAGUAAUAUUAAAACAAAAUUACUUAUGAAGAGAAGCUAAAUAUUUUUAUCUAUUAAAAAAAUUAACUUGUAAUUGUAAGCUUGUUUUUGAGAUGUUAAACUGUUAUCUGAAGUUUCAAAUUAAAUUUUUUCCCAUUGUUCAAAGUUUAAAAUUUUAUCUAAAUUGUUAUGUAUUUUCAAAAAGUAAAAGUUAUGCAUAUUAGCGAUAAAUCAGAAGCAGUACACUGCAGAAUAAGAUCAAUAACUCAUUUCCCACAAUGCCUUUCUUUUAUAUAUUUAUAGUUAGAAACUGAGUAUUGGAAAAAAAAAAAAAAAAGCUGAAUAAAUAAAAUAUCCAUUAUUCUUUAUCCCUUUAUGUCUUUUUUGAAUUUGAGGCUAAGAUGAUAAGAGUUGCGUCUGCCUCUCGUUUUCCUCCCCUUAAUUAAAAAAAUGUAUAAAAAGUUCAGCAUUUAAAUAUGGUAAGUUAUUGUAUAUGUUGGACACCCUUAUAUUUUAUGAUUAUUUGCCAUGCAUAUUUUACAUAUGAAAAGCAGAUUUUACACCAGAAACGUUAAAUUGAAAUCUGUUAAGCUCUGAAAAAUUUACUACAUAUUAUACAUUAGUUGUAUACUUAACUAUUCAACCACAGCUAUGAAAUUGUCAUUUUUCCAUUGAUGCAAAAAAUUUCAAAAUUAACUAAAAUUACUUUAAAAAAAAGUAACUACAUUUGUCUCUUACUCAAGCAGCUUAAUUUUAUUUGCAUAAUAAAUGAUUAUUUACAUUCUGUGUAAAAAUUGAAUCUGAUAUGUGUGUUUUCUCUAUUUCCAAUUUUAAAGCAUUCCAUAAGUUACAUCUUUGGCAGUAAAAAUUAUGGAUGAUAUUCUUGUGCCAAGUUGUAUAUUUUAGACCAUAAAUAUUUGAUAAGUUAUCUUGUAGUAAGAUAUGUCAGAGUGUUUUUCUUUUGUUGCUAUUCAUUUAUAUGCGAAGCAUGUAAAAAUUUAGUUUGUUUUAGUAUGUUUGCACCACUAUGUAAUAAACGAAAGUUUACAAUUGUUUAACUUUCAUUACAUUUACUGCAUCUUCUCAAAAAAAGGUUGUACUAAAUGUUUAUGAGCAGCUGUUUUGGAAUUUUUAAAGGAAUUUCUUGCAAUAAUUAUUGCAGUGCAUAUAUAUUCUUCCACCUAGCAUUCAAGUUUUACAUGUUUAUGUGUCAACUAAAGUGAAAUUUAUUUCAACAUUCGCUUACCUAGAAUAUUUCUUAAUGUCCUUUCAUCCAAGCAUCCUGACCUAUCAUAGCUUGAUUGUGCCUCAUAAAUUAUGUCAUGUUUUUAUUUGUAAAGCAUUCCUUUAUUCCUGUAGUGUGAAAUCCGUCCAUUUUAGGCUUGAUCAUUUUUUACUGUAACUGCCUUUAUUCGUAUAAACAUUUUAUUAUAAAAUGUGAUUUUUUGUAAAUGUUUGCAAUUUGUAUGACAUUUCCAAAAAAAUUUACUCCAUUUUUGUAAUUACAUUUGUGGAAACUUAUUUAUAUUUGUAAAAUUGUAAUUUUUUAACAAAGGCUUUUGCGUCUAAGUCAUAAUCUGUGUGUCCGUCAUAGAUCUGAAACUGAUUAGAAGUGUUUAAUACUUAAAGUCGAGAGAUUUGUAGAGGAUGACAGCAGUGUAAAGUAAAUGAGUGUAUGAUUGUAUAGAUAAUUUGUGUUUUGUACUACAUGUUUCCCAUAAUUCUUUUUUCCCUUAGUAAUGAACUCUUUUAUAAAAAUAUUUAAAGUUUUAUAGAAGCUAUAUUGUAAACCAGGAAAAUGACUUAUUUAAUAUGUAACAAUAAAAAAUUUUUUGUCUAA